GGCAGCCCUUGCUGGCUCUGCCCCAACCAAACAAAGACGGCAGGAGGUUUUCAAACAGCCGGUUCCCUGAAAGUUGGCUGCAGGAGAGCCGGGCUGUGCUGGCACCUGCCUGGUCCCGGCCACUGGAGAACGUGGCAGCGAGUUGGUGCCGUCGUCUGAGAGGACCCCAGUAGCCGUCGGGAGUCCCUGUACAGGACAGUGUUGUUUCCAGACGCAAGAGCAUGCUCUGCAGCGCCAGCAGUUCUCACAUGGAGUUUCUACAGUUCUGCUCGCUGUGACCUUCUGGGCCAUCAGGGAAACACAUCGUGUUCCUGCCAGCCUCGUGCGAUGAACCAUCACUUGCCAGGAUUCACACCAGGCUUCCUGGGACGCUGUGUUGCUGCUUGGAAUCCUGAUUACUUCUGGUUGCUUACUGUGCUGCUGGCAGGGUGGGAUUGAUGUCCAGUUUGGCACAUUGGGCAGAGCCAAGCCCAUAACCGUUCUCUGUGUCCUUGGCAGACUGGGGAACCAAGCUAGACCCCUCUCUCUAAAGGGGUUCCAGGUGAGCAAGGGACAGGCUUGGUGCUGUCCAUAUUUAUUCUGGUGGGAAAAGCCACCUCCUUCACCCUUUCCACCUGGGAACUGUGUAACUGCUGGGGAUGACACCACAUGGAUGCAGGGCCAGCAGCCUGGUAUCAAGGCACUAGCUGAGCUGAGCACUAUCACAGGGCACAGAGCUGCCUUGGGGGGUGCCAGCAUCCCCACCACGGCUGCACUCCAGGCAUGUAGGGCAUCUGGGCACAGGACGGGUCCUGUCAGCAAUGGGCCGUCUGGAUGACCAUGCCAAGAGGAGGAUUGUGGAGCUGCGCAGGGCUGGGCUGAGCUUCCGCAAGAUCAAGAAGGUGCUGGAGCUGGAUGACAUCCGGGUGACGCCGCAGGCCGUGUACCUCUUCCUCAAGAGGAAGAGCGUGGAACCAGGGUCAGUGGCAGCUGGCUGGGAUGGGGAUCAGCCCUGGCCCCCACUGCAGGGGCAUGAGGCUGAGCCCCCCAGGCUGCUGGGUACCCGGCACCCUGCACUGCCCACUGGGGAUCCUAUGGGCAGCCAGGUGCCCUGCUCUGCUGGCAGCCAGGACACCAAGGAAGGCAUCCAGAUUGUCGGUGUGGACUCGCUCUGCAAGGACGGUGGGCAGCUUGGGGACACUCUGCCUCUGGGGCUGGCCCCUGGGAAUGGUGAUGACAGCUCCACAGGCAAAGCCCUGACUCCAGGGACUGCUCUGGGGGGCCCGCCCCCCCUGCCCCAGAUACUGCCAGGCCAAGUGCAGCUGGUCACACCCCCGACCCAGAACUCAGCCUCGGUGGUGAAAAAGAAGACUCUGGACAGGGCUAUCCUCCUGCAGAAAAGGGUCAAAGAUGUCAGCACUCAGACUGCCUUGCCAAACCCUGUGGGUCCAGGACAUCGCAACCUUGCUUGGGGUGGACCUGUGCCCCCCACUGCUCCCAGCUUCCCCAGCAUCACUGAGAAGCUGGAUGCUGUACAGAGGGAGGUGCAGAAGCUGAGCCAGGCCCUGCAUACAGUGCUGGAGCGGCAGUGCAACCUGGAACGUCAGCAGGAGCACCAACAGCGGCUGCAACAGGAGGUGCUGAUGACACUGCAGCAGCUCAGCUCCACUGUGAGCCAUGGCUCUGUGCCAGCCACCCAGCCCUGUGGCCCCUUCAGCAGUGUGGCCGAGCCCUUGCCCACCAUGCCGAACUUCAGCCAGUUCAAGAUGGAGCUGAUCUGAGCUCCUGCAAUGCCUGCAUGUGCCAGUGGUGUUGUGCUAAUGGCAGGAUGGAGCUGGGAGGAAGAACCAUCGGUCCCUGGUGCCUUGUGUUCCCAGUCCCGCUGACUGAAAGGGGCUACCUGGCACAAGAGGCUGAAUAGUGGAAGGCUGAGGCCUUGCUUCUCCUGUGCUUCAUCCUGGCUGCCACUGGAGCUGGCUGGGACCCAUAGACCUCAACAGAAGGCAGUUGCCUGCAAGAAGAUGCAGCUAAGACAGACACAGCAGGGAUGUGGAACUCCAAGGAUAAAGGAGGCUUCCUUCUCAUGAGGGUCAAUGAUGAUCUUGCCCUCCCCUCCACACAACCUUUUUCGGUAAAAAUCUCUCUGCGCCACAGUUCAGAACCAGUGUGGGAUCAGUAUCUACAUUUUCCCUACCCCUUACCUGGACAGUGAGCAGGCUUGGUCUGUCUGGGUUACUAUCACCAUAUGUGGAACUGCACAGGGUGCAGAAACCCAUGAGGUGAGACCAGUGCUCCACGCAUGAUGAUGUUGGAGCCUGGUAUAAGCUGCUGCACCAUUAGGGACAGAUCAGACUGUAGGAAACAAUCUUUUACUGAGCAGAUUCCACCCUCCUCACCCCACAAACUCAGCAGAUCUGUAGUGUGGUACUACUGUUGCCCACUGUCUGGUGAGAAAUGGGCAGGACCAUAACAGUAAGAGUUGCACCUGGGCAGGAGCGGACUAACUGGAUGUUCAACUCUCCUCUGACCCAUUUUCCUGGGCAGGACACCCUCCUGGUUGUGAUCUCCAGUUGCAAGAGCUGUCCCUAGAGCAAGCUGCUGGUGGUGCACAGCUGCUCUAGCAGAACAGUGCAUGAUGCUGAGAACCCCCUUGCCUAGACAAGAAGGGCACAGGGGAGGUUGAUGGGCCCUAACUGAGCAAUGGAGUCCAGAAGGACCAGAGACUGGCCUUACCUGCCAGGAGGAAAGGUCUGAUGGGGGUGGCCUUGGCUUAGCACCCAGCAAUGAAUCCUGAGAGGAGGCAGAGCAUGUGUCUUUCCUCCACAUCAGCCAAGCAGGCUUCUGUCUGAGUAGGCACCACACUUGGCACAACCUGUGCUUCUGAGAAGUCCCCAGCCUGUUUCUGAGGUCUCCUUGAGUCCAAGGUCAUAAUAAAGAAGAGUAAAAACCAAUUCAGGUGUUUAUACACAGACACCCACACACAGAGCUGUAUGUGCACGCACAGAUAUAGAUGCAUGUGGCAGGUCUGUGCAGCAGUCCCAGUGCUGGACACCCCCUCUGCUUCCCUGAGACACAUCGCUGGCCCCAGGGCUGUCAGACCCAGCUGUGCCCAGUAGCACUAGGAGUCUGCUGCCAUCUGCCCGCGGUCAUUCAUUUCGAUGUUGGUGUAAUUUUGGGGACAUCUGAAAAGCAACAGAUGAAAAAGACACAUGAUCAGUUGCUCUGCUCUUCAGCGCACAAGGCAACUAAUCUGCAUCUCAGGUUUGAAAAGACGAAGCUGGAUGACCAGCACUCAGCAGGCACAGUUUCCUAAUGUCUCUGUCAACAUUUUGGAGAAAAACAGAAGCAGAACAACUGCUAUACCGUGGCACAUGUACUUAAAACCACCCUGGUUUCUGAAAGAGCUUCCCUAAAUCUGCUUUAGGCUAUUUCUUAAAUUAUUUAAAAAAA